CUCGGGGAGCGUGAGAGCCAAUAGGAUUGCGAGGACGGUGCCCUGCUGCCGGGCGGGACCAAUCAGGAGGGCGGCCGUGACGCGCUGUCAGCUGCUGUUUGUUUACGGGCGGAUGUUGUGACCGGGAGCCGGGGAGCCUGGAGGGAACAUGGAGACCGGUGGGAGCGGGGCGGAGGGAACCGGGCUGGAGGGACCCGCCGGAGAUAUGUGCUGCCUCAGCUACAACCAGGACUGCAUGUAAGCUGGUGUAUAUGAAAGAGGAGAGUUAGGGUUGGGAAGGGAGAGUGUAACAUACUGUAAGAUGAGAAGUGUGAUGGAUUGACUGUACCUGCUUGAGAGGCUAAGAGGGAGUAGUGUGCCAGGUUGGGGGAGAGCAGAGGUUCUGUAAGGUUUUGGGGGUGCUGAGCCUGCCAAUUAGAGAGCGAUAAUAGAUCAUGACAGAAGAGUGUGACAUGCUGGGUGGACAGAAAAUUCAAGAGUGGGAAUGGACACAAUGCCAUGGUGGAAAUUGUGCCAGGUUGAGAGGAGGAGAGUCAGCAGCCAGCCUAGAAAUAAUAAAAUAUAAUAAAUUAUCCCCUUAGUGCACAUAUGGCCAGAAGUUAAAUUCCACCUGUUGCAAAACUUCAACUCUCAAGAACAUUGUCUAGUCUUAAAGGGGCAUGCUAUGCAUCCAAACAGUUUAGCUUCAUGUCGAGGUCUUGGUGCCUAGAUGCAGUACUGCAGGCUGACCGUUGCUGACAAUCAGAAAAGCACUAGAGACACUUCUUGUGAAGGCUGUAAAACAAUAUACAGUUUUCACUUUUGAAUCAUUACAGUGCUUCUCUGUGAGGGGAAUCCUAUUGACAUAGUGUGGCAAUUGCUGAACAUGCGCAGCAGGGUCAUCAGUGAUUUUCUCUGGAAAAGCAUUUGAUUGGCUGAGAUUAUCUGCCCAAAAAAUCUCUCACAUGAAACAGAGCGGUGGACUUUUCAACACGGUGCCAUCUCGCCAGUAUUUGGUGCACAGAGACAUCGUGCAGUGGUUUUGGACUAUACAGCAGGGGACACAUUAUACAGUGAUUGUUUUUCAUUUAGCCUGUAUAUGUUCUGCAGAAUCUUCAUUAAACUGUAUCUUCCAAAGUACUGAACGGAUCUGGGUGAAUUUUGGAUAUGUGGUUCACCCAGAUCCCCCGGUUCCAAGGAUAUACUUUUUAUGGGGUUAUUGCAUGUUUUGGGGUCCCUGUGAUGUGUUUUAUGAAACUGUAUUUCUCUGUCUGUGAUAAUUAGAUUACCCAUUGUGUAAGGUAAUUGUAUUACAGGCAGAGGGGAGGAUUUUGUGUGGGAGUGUCUGUGUGUAUUGUACAGAUUGAUUGGUUGUUCUGUAAAACCCUGUGGGCAGUACUAAGUUUGUGGAUUGGGAAUAAAAGGGGCUGUACGUGCCAGUCCACAGUUCCUGCUUAACCCUCAAAGUGAAGUGUCGUCUCAUUAUUGGGGGAGGAUUUAUUGUAUGCUGUUCCAGUUUGACUGCUAGGAGUGUAAACCUAUUCGCAUGGUUUUUCCUAUUCAGCUGUAUACAACAUUCAUAUGCUUGAGAGCAUUCAAAUGCUCCUACGGUUCGGUGGUUUUGGUGUCUGCUGCAGUGCUUGGAGUCCUCAGGAAGCGCUAGGAGCAUCCUUCAACGGAGGUACCCAGUCGGGGUGCCAGGUGGUCCGUUACAGAAGCCAUGUACUCUAAAACCAAAUACACACAUUCACACACCCUAGAAGAUGUUUAUCUUUCUAAUUUCACAUUCCUUCAGCCAUACCCCCAACAAUUGUGACAUUUCUGUGAUCUAGGUUCCCAGUCAGCUUGCAAACUAGUUUAAUUUUGAAUCCAUUCUUUACUAUGUGCUUUGUUCUUUUCAAAUAUGUGCGCCAUGUCCUUGUUUUUCAUACCCAUCGUUCUUCUUUGCAAUAACAUAACAUCUCACUGACAACAGCCCAAGAAUCCUGGAAUCCAUCAUGAUAGAGUGCUUUGUCAUCUCCUGAAUUUCUCAGGGUGGCAGGUGAACUGCAUCCAAGUGUUUUUAAUUAGUGGUUUUGUGCUUAGUCAGAGAAAACGCAUGCCCAUACUAUUUCCAUCCAUAUAGCACCUGGGGGACUGAAAUAUUUUGUACGUUAUCUCCUCUCUGGGGUGACCCAGGCUGCAACCAUAGACCUAUAAACCAAGGUACAGUAUCUCACAAAAGUGAGUACACCCCUCACAUUUUUGUAAAUAUUUUAUUAUAUAUUUUCAUGUGACAGCACUGAAGAAAUUACACAGCCAGUGUAUAGCCUGUAUAACUGUACAUUUCCUGUCCCCUCAAAAUAACUCAACACACAGCCAUUAAUGUCUAAACUGUUGGCAACAAAAGUGAGUACACCCCUAAGGGGAAAUGUCCAAAUUUGGCCCAAAGUGUCAAUACUUUGUGUGGCCACCAUUAUUUUAAGCACUGCCUUAACCCUCAUGGGCAUGGAGUUCACCAGAGCUUCACAGGUGGCCACUGGGGUCCUCUUCCACUCCUCCAUGACAACAUCACAGAGCUGGUGGAUGUUAGAGACCUUGCGCUCUUCCCCCUUCCAUUUGAGGAUGCCUCACAGAAGCUCAAUAGGGUUUAGUUCUAGAGACAUGCUUGGCCAGUCCAUCUCCUUUACCUUCAGCUUCUUUAGCAAGGCAGUGGUCAUCUAGGAGGUGUGGUUGGGGUUGUUAUCAUGUUGGAAUACUGCCCUACGGCCCAGUCUCAGAAGGGAGGGGAUCCUGCUUUGCUUCAGUAUGUCACAGUACAUGUUGGCAUUCAUGGGUCUCUUAAUGAACUGUAGCUCCCCAGUGCCGGCAGCUCUCAUGCAGGCCCAGACCAUGACUCUCCCACCACAAUGCUUGACUGUAGGCAAGACACACUUGUCUUUGUACUCCUCACCUGGUUGCUGCCAAACACACACUUGACACCAUCUGAACCAAAUAUGUUUAUCUUGGUCUCAUCGGACCACAGGACCGAAACUGUUUUGCGUGCUUUCUUGUGCAUCAUCUUUAGAAGAGGCUUCCUUCUGGGAUGACCGCAAUGCAGACCAAUUUGAUGCAGUGUGUGGCGUAUGGUCUGAGCACUAACAGGCUAACCCCCCACCCCUUCAACGUCUGCAGCAAUGCUGGCAGCACUCAUACGUCUAUUUCCUAAAGAUAACCUCUAGGUAUGAUGCUGAGCACGUGCACUCAACUUCUUUGGUCGACCAUGGUGAGGCCUGUUCUGAGUGGCACCUGUCCUGUGAAACCGCUGUAUGGUCUUGCCCACCGUGCUGCAGCUCAGUUGUAGGGUCUGGCAAUCUUCUUAUAGCUUAGGCCAUUUUUAUGUAGAGCAACAACUCUUCUUUUCAGAUCCUCAGAGAGUUCUUUGACAUGAGGUGCCAUGUUGAACUUCCAGUGACCAGUAUGACAGGGUGUGAGAGCGAGAUCACCAAAUUAAACACACCUGCUCACCAUUCACACCGGAGACCUUGUAACGCUAACGACAAAGAGAAGUGGGGAAAAACACCCAGUAUACGUAUAUAAAAAAAUUAGAACAUAACCUGGAGAAAUAAACCAGGAUAGAUGGAUCAAUGUAAAUCUACAAUAAUAAUAAACCUAACAUAGCAUAAUACAGUAAAAAUCCAAGCAAAAUUAAUGGUGCUAGUAACAAACUCACAAACAUGAGAUGAUUUAGGCUUCUCACCCCACCAGGGGUUAAAACAAACCAGGAGGCUGGUGAAUCUCAAGUAAUGGGAAUCCUUUAUAUAUGUGAAGGAAAAGAACCGCACAUAGUGAAGUAUAAUUAAAACCAAACAAGGAUUUAUUAGAUUGCAUUUACAAGCAAGUAGAAGAAUCUGGGCAUAUCUCCACACAGGGUGGAACCAGACCGCAGCGUGGUAGAUCUUGAAAUGCCAAUAACAGCAGCAGUUAACAUAAAAACAAAUAGAAAAGGGACUAGAAUAAAAAUCCAUAAAAAGUCCAAAUUGAGUAACUAACGAGUCACAUGACUCGUCAAGGGUUUUUUAACAUUAUAUUUCACCAGCCUGAACUGCUGUUGAAUAGAAACACACGUGGAAACAAAACUAUAUCUGUUUGUAAUUGAUCUCCAGUGCAUUUGUGAUGUGAUGUACGUGUCUCGUGCGGAAUUUACAGAACUGCAGUCCCACAAGAAACAUAUGGAGCAAGUCAGACACUGUUGACACGCGCACGUUCUUUUCAAAGUUUCCUCCUAGCCAAUGAGGUUAAUUGUCAGGGAAACGAACUAGAAACCAGUAUUAAGGGGCAUGAUAUGUGCUAGGAAUCCAUGUCCCAUACCAUCACAAUCAGCCUUUUGUUUGCCCAUGGGUGUAUGGAUCUGUGCAGUUUGUUCUACCGCUAUCAUGAGGAUUUUACAUUCCGUUUAUCUAUAUAUUGAUUCCUUGACAAAAUAUUUUACUAUUUGACUUAUGACUCCUAAAUGUAGGUGAAUCGUUAGCAAGUACACUAAAUCUGUUCAUCUGCUCCUACAAUUACCUUUGAUUAUACAGCGAAUGUAUGUAUCCCACUAUUAAUAGAAGUAAUAAAGUUAAACUUGGACUGUACACCCAGAGAUCAGAGAUGUCAGAACAUGUUUCAAUUUAGCUUCCCUCUGGCUAUGGUCCAUUUUCACCAUUAUUCAAAAGUACUUCACUUCCGGUAGACUAGAAGCUCACUUGAGCAGAACCCUUCUUGUUCUCGUAUAUCUUCGUUUAUGAUAACCUUUUCAAUCUCUUUUCCAGGUCGUUGGCCAUCGGUUUGAGGAAUGGUUACAAACUGUUCUCCCUGUGCUCUGUGGAGCAGCUCGAUAUGGUCCAUGAAAGCAGUAAGUUUUAUAAAAAUUGAAAACAAAUGAAAUAUAAUAGUGAGAACUGCAAUAGAAUUAAAGGGUCACUCCAAUCACCAACACACCUUUAGCUUAAAGGAACACUAGAACAUUAGGAAUCCAAACAUACAGUCGGUGCGGCCGCCUGUUAUCCCACUUGCGAUGCUUCUUCAUAUUGUCAUCCAAUCCAAUGCUUCCGUAUGAGCAGCAUUUGAUGUUUGAUGUCCUCAGCGUUUUACAUUGCAGGGCUGAAAGGGCUGCUGUACCUAGACCAUUUAAUUAAGAGGACAUGUUCUGGGUACUUUUAGUGGUCGUUUAAUGAUGCAGUUUUGGUGUAUAGAUCAUGCCACUGCAGUCUCACUUUUCUGCCAUUUAACCGUGAUUUAACUCAUGAAUAGCAGUGAAUCGAGCAUUGAGACUGCAGGUGCGUGAUUUAUGCACUAAAACCAUUUAAUUAAGAUAAUGUUGUUUUGGAGCUUAGAGUGUCCCUUUAAAGCAGGCUUCCCCAAACUCCAGCCCUCCAGAUGUUGCUGAGCUACAACUCCCAUGACUCUCAGCCUAUCUAUUUCAUUCAUGGAAUCAUGGGAGUUGUAGUUCAGCAACAUCUGGAGGGCCGGAGUUUGGGGACGCCUGCUUUAAAGGAUAUGUCAUAAAAAAAAAAAAAAAAUUUUUUUUAUAUAUAUAUAUAUAUAUAUAAAAUAUAUAUAAUUUUUUUUUUUUCUUGUUCAAGCGGCCAUCUUGGGUCAGAUUCUGCUGUUAUCUGACCAGCUAUUGCUCAGUGUAACUUGCACUCUAUUACCAUGGAGCAGCAGGCAAGUUAGGAUGAACAAUAGUUGGUCAGAUAAGUGUAGAACCUGACAAAACAUGGCUGCUUAGCUAGAUAAAGUGAACUUUUCUAAAAAACUAAAAAACAACCAAUAUAGAGUGCAUUCCUUAUCAAAUCAACCUCAAAUUCUUUUUAUUUAUUUUAAUUUGGCAUUCUGAAAGAUAUGAGCCUUUGCAAAAUUGCAGGUCCAUAUUUUUUGUAUCUACAGUGUUUUCUAGGGGCACAAAUAUUGCGAUUUUUUGACCAUUGCUACUUUAACAUAUUACGAUUCAAACUAGAAAAUGCACAUCUAGUAACAGUAGUGGAGUCUUUAUAUCUCCAGUUCACUUCAAGGUGCAGAGAUCACAACAUAACUUAAUUUGUGAUGUGACAUGCCUGUCAGAACACGUUUAAAUUUGCCGGGAGUUAGGAUAUUUACUGUAAAGGGGAAUUCCUGUUUUACUGUAUUUGAUAGAACGCCUGAUCUCAUUAGCAUCACAUAUUCCGAUUUGGUAGAGUUAAAGUGUAAUAGUAUACAUAUAACAUAUUAUUGAAAAUUAAAAAUUAAAACACCCUUUUUAAAAAAAACAAAACAAAAAAAACUGACUGCCAAAAUAUUGAUUACAACGGCUUAAAAAUAUAUAUUGUUCCUGAUAUAGGCAAGUAAUAUCUUUGAGAGUUCAAGACCUUUCCAAAGGCACCUCACUUCUAUAGGUGUCCUGGUUAACAGAAUUAUUGAAUGUUAUUUACAGUAUGUUAGAAAAUUGUUAAAAUCUCAAACUUUACACACCCCUUAUAACUUGGUAAAUAUAGAGGAUAUGGACCUGCAAUUUUGCAUAGGCUAAUAACUCAAGUGGCCCUUUCAGUAUGCCAAAUUAAAAAAACAAUAAAUAAAUGCGUUGUAAGGACAGUGUUGAUUUGCCAUAGAGUGGCUCAUACAUUUAAAAAAAUUUAAUAAAAAAUAAAAAUAAAAAAAAAAAAUCACAAAGUUUCGUUUAAUAAACUUUUAAAAAAUGAGAAGUGAAUAUUUUAGGACGGUUUGUCAAUCUUUGUUUUAUUGAAGCAAUGUGAGUUCGUUACAGAAAGGAAGAAUAAUAUAUCAGUGAGAAUACACUCAUAUACAAUAACCAUUAACAUUGAUAUACAUUCUCAUGAGUGUCUGUUUCAUUUUAUGUUUUAAAGGAUAUCCCUGUGUCUGGUUAGUUAGGCAUAUAUGAUUAUGGCAAUGUAACAUUCUAUAAACAAGCUUAGUAAAUGCAUUAUGGCUAGUAGCUAACUAUCGUGUGAUAUUACGUUUAACCGCAAUGUAAAGCACCGCAUAUCCUGCAAAUCUUAAUUCUAAGCAGGCUUAUCUAGUAGUGUCUAGUAACUGCUACCUCUUAUAUUACACAUUUACAAGAGUGUGUAGAGCAACGUUUGAGGUACUAGUUAGGCAGAUUGUAGGUUUAACAUGGCAUGCUGGUUAGUCGAAAUAAAGCAACAUAAAAUAGAACGGCAAGGGGUGGGUGGGUCGACAGUGUUGUGUAGCAAUAAACCCCCUAGGGUAAACAGGUUAGUUUAUACGGCUUAGUUGGUUAAGUUUAGUUAGGCCCCCCCUGUUUUUCAACCGGCAGCUUUAGGAUUUUUGGCCCAAGUCCUCGCUAUGCGCCAUUAAGUUUGCUAGGCAAUGGCUAGUAUGUCCGUUAAUGUCCAUUAGUAUACUCAGCCCACUCCGCAGGGUAUGAAUGUGGCUUGGCUACUGGGAGCUUGUCUGUUGUACCUCGGGUUGGAAGCCACUUGAUUCUCUGCCAGGUUGGAGAUCUACCCCAGUCUGCCGAGGUGCCUUCUCCGGCGAUGAGGUCGGCUGAUUCUCCCUGAUGUCGUGGUGUCACUGCGUCCAGGGGCCACUUGUCUUCGGCCUGAGGCCUUAGUAGGUGCUCGUGCCCGUUUGCCAUUGAUCCCAUCUGCCGUAACGUGGGCCCAGGUUCCCACCGGAUCCCGAUCUUCUCCCUGAGGGUAUGGCAGGCUGUGGAGGAGUUUUCCUGGUGAGCGCCCAGCUCAGAUGAAGGGCGAGCGGUCCCAUCUGCAGCGUUAUCCAUGUGGGUGGUGUGUCAUGCUGGUAUACUAGUGCUAUGAGCCCGGUGUGUCUCUGACAUUUUUGUAAUGCUGUUUGGUGUGGGUCAGUUGUUGCUUGUUGCUUUGUGCGUCGGGCCAGAUGGAGUCAGCAGUCCGUUUCGGGCUCUGCGAGUCGGUUCCUUCACACGUGGCCUCUGCCAUAUUAGAUUUGGGUCUAUAUGGUGGCAUGGUGGUGCUUCCGAGUGUGGCUUUGGUGUAUGGACCGGGAUCAGGACCGGGUCCACAAAGGUUCCGCAUGUUUGUCGGGCUCCGUUGGGCAGGGUAGUGGAGCAGCGGCUGUCCACUCCACUCACCGCCAGACGAAGUCCCGCCUGAUGCAGCAGGGAUCUUUCCUCCGAGGGACUAGAACCCUGGGAGCACACCUUUCCUCAGCUCCGGUAACCCUUACACACCGAGGGUCGCAGUUGUUGGUAAUUUUUGCCCUCCAAAAUCACGAUUUUUGAGCUUAACGGGUCAUGUUUUGCAGGAGCUGACCCUUCCUGCGACCUUUCAGCUCGGCGGCCCGUCCCCGCCCCGCCCCCAGGACGGUUGUUCUUUUAAAGGUGAGAAGUAACUACAGAUACUUGUACAAUGAGGUCGAAUUAGUAAAUAAAAGAACUAAAAUGAUCUGAGGAGUGAGCCAGACAAAGCUUCCAAUUCGUAUGCAAUAAGACCAUAAAACUUUAAUUUCUUUUCCACAAAGUAGGAGAGCUCUUUCCAAAAUCUGAUGACCGCUUUAUGGAAUCACAAAUAAAAAGUAUUUUUUUUUCUUAACUUAAAUAGGAAACUGAUUUAGUUCGAACCUGGGCACUAGAACCACCUUAACUGUAGUUUGCUAUAAAACCAUAUGGUUGCUUCCAUGGAAACGGGUUAUAUAUUUAAAUAGCAUAGCAGAUUAUUGUAACAGCAGCGGCUACGGGCACAUGCUCUUUUAUAAAGACUGUUAUGCUUGACUUUUUCUUUACACGUUAAGUGAUCAAAGGAAAAUUUUACUUAUUUCAGUUACUUAACUCUCCUAAUUUCAAAAAGUCUGCAUACAAAUAUUUAGUAAGUUUCUGCCAUUGCCAGAUCGUCUUAGUCCAUCCAAAAUUUGCAUGGACUCUAAACAGACCAACAGAACCAUCAUAACAUGGGGUAUUUGAAAAUAUUAUCAUUUAUAUAGUUCCAACAUAUUCUGCAGUGGUUUACAAUUUUAAAAUAUGGAUCUUUAGCAACAAGUAAUUUACUUACGGAAUAUAAGAGAGACAAGGUGAAGAAUGUCCUGCUCAAACAAGCUUACAAUCUGUGAGGAAUGGGUAAAGACACACAAGAAAAAAUAGCAUGUCAGAGGAAGUAGCGGCUGAUGGGUAAGAUACCCGUGUUGAAAUAAGCUAGUAAAAGAGGUGUGUGGAAGAACUAAACAUUGGCAGGGGAGAGAGUGAUCCGGGCUCUGGAGUCGGGGAAAAUGAUGAGGGCAGUGAAAUGAGAGAAACAGUACCCAGGAAGAUGGUCAGCUUUCAUAAAGAGCUGUGUUUUCAGUGAAAGUUUUCUAGUGGAAAGUUUGAUUGCACAGGGUAGCGAAUUCCAAAGGAACGGGUCAGCCAUGGAAAAAUCUUGCAGGUGAGAGUUGGCAAUGUGGGAACAAGCAGAUGUUAGAAGAAGGUCAUUUGCAGAGCGAAGGGAUCUAAAAGGGGUGUAUUUGUUGAGUAAAGAGGAACUGUAGUGAGGAGUGUAGUUAAUCAUUUGUAGGUUUGUCUUGGCAGUUUGAAUUGGAUCCUGAAGGUUCAGGAAGCCUCGGUAAUGAUUGGCAAAGGGUUGAGGUAUGGGAGUAGCAGACCGUCAGAAAGAUGAGUCUGGCUGCGGCAUUCAAUUCCAGACUGAAGAGGGGCAAAGCGGGUAGUUGGAAGGCCAAAGGGUAGUAAGUUGCAAUAGUCAGGUCGGAAAAAGAUGAGUGGAUUAACAAGUGCCUUAGUUAUAUCUUGAGUUAGAAAAGGGUGAAUGCGGGCAAUAUGUUUUAGGUGCAAGUUACUGGAUGUAAGGUAAGACCUGUGUCGAAAGUAACACCAAGGCAACGAGCUUGAGGGUUUGGGGUAACAGGUGUCCCAUUGACUUGUAGGGAGAUUGAAGGAGAAGGUUUAUUUCAGCGGGGAAAGAUGAGGAUUUCUAUUUUAGAAAGAUUAAGUUUUCGAAAACUGGAAAGCAUCCAGUUAGAGAUGGAAGAGAGGCAGUUUGUAACACUUUCAGGAGAGAGGUCAGGUAUAUCUGAGAAUCAUCAGCAUAUAGAUGAUACUGAAAUCCAAAGGCGUUAAUAAGGUUACUGAGAGAGGCAGUGUAGAUGGAGAAUAAGAGGACUAAAAACAGAGCCCUGGGGAUCAAUAACUGAGGCAGGCAGCGGGGAGGAGGUGGCACAAGAGAAAAAAGAUAUUAAAUGAACAUUCAGAAAUAUAGGAUGAUAACUAUGAAAUCACAUUGUCACAGAGUCUAAGGUUGUAGAGGAUUUGAAGAAGAGAGUAGUCAACAAUAUCAAAGGCCACAGAGUGGUCAAGGAGAAUUAAGAGAGAGUAAUGACCUUUUGGCAGUAAUUAAGGCGUUAGUCACUUUGGUCAUGGUGGUUUCUGGAGAAGGGAGGGAGGGGAAGUCAAAUUGAAGAGGGUCAAGUAGAGAGUUAGUAUUGAGAAAGUGGCUAAGAUGGAUAAAUACCUGCUUAAGAAGCUUAGAAGUAGCAGUGGGGUGGUGCUUUGGACUUUAAUUAGGAGAGGUAGGGACAAGAGAUGGCAUUUUUAGGAUAGUAUAAGCAAUUGCAUGUUUGAGGGAAGAGGAGAAGAUGCCAGCAGACAAGGAGAGGUUUAAAAUAUCCAUUCAGGAUGGGAACACACUAUGGGAAAGAGAUUGAACAAGGUGAGGGGGUGGGGGGAAUAGAGAGAGCAUGUGGGGAGUGGGGGGAAUCGAGAGAGCAUGUGGUGGGGCGAGAGGAAAAGAGAAGUUUAGAGCCCUCUAGCUCAGAGACAGGGGAGUUAAAAGUGGUUGAAGGUAUAGAAUGAAAGCUGCAUAUUGGAGGGGAGGAGGAAAGAGGGGAGACUGCAUCCCUAAUUUGGUUGAUCUUGUAAAUAAAGUGACAUGCAAAAUGGCUAGCUGUGAGGUUAGUCCAUGGCGUGGUUGCAGUGGGGCAAAAAGGGAGACAUUGGAGACUGGAGAGAGGGAGAUAUCUCAUGUAGCUCAAGUAAGCUUCGUUUUCUGAGGGCCCGAGCUAGGUUUAAUAUGUUGCGUGAGGGACACAUUGGCAGUGCAGGUUAGAAGAUAGUGGACAGACAGAGGGAAAGGUAGUGACAGAGUAAAGGUUAGAGAAAACAAGGUUGAUGGUAUUGCCGGCUAUGUAAGAAGGCCAAAGGAGGAGGUGAUUGAUAGAAGUCUAGAUGCUGUUGAGUUGUUAAUAGAAAUGUUGAAGUUACCAAGGAUGAGGGAAGGAAUGCCAGCGGAGAGAAAGUAAGAAAGUCAAGCAGAAAAUUGGUCGAGGAAGAGUAGAGGACCGCCAGGAGGGCAGUAGACAACAGUAACACGGGCUGAGAGAGGACUACAGAAGCGCAUGGAGUGAACUUCAAAAGAUGAAAAGGAAGGAGAACAACAAGGGGGCGAAGGUUGGAAGGAACAGUGAGGUGAGGGCAAAAAGCCCCCAUCUUGACCCUUAGCAUUACAUUUCCUGGGGGAGUGGAAUAAACUCAUAAGAUAGGGAAGCAAGAUUAGCAAUGUCAGAGGGAGAGAGACAAGUUUUAGUCUGUGCCAGGAGGUUUAAGGAGCGGGAGAUGAGGGGAUUGUGAAUGGCAGUAGAUUUUAUGGUGUUACAGACUGAGCGUGUAUUCCAAUUAUAUAAACCUCUAAUAUCCACAAUGCCUAGGGUAAGACGGGUAUUCUAUUAUAUUGCAUCCCACAUCCAAGCUAAGAUCUUUUUGUAUGUUUGUGUCUAGGCGAGAUCUCCGAUGUGUAUAUUGUGGAGCGUCUUUUCUCCAGCAGCCUGGUGGUGGUGGUGAGUCACACAAAGCCUCGCCAAAUGAACGUAUUCCACUUUAAGAAGGGCACCGAGAUCUGUAAUUACAACUACUCCGGGAAUAUUCUCUCCAUCAGGUUGAACCGCCAGGUAAUUUCCGUGUUAAUCCCCCACCCCUAUUAUACUGUAGGUAUAUAUAUGUGUGUGUGUGUGUAAGCUUAUUAAUUACCUCUCCCAUUCAGUGGUUUAGAAAAACUUAGUCACAACAAAAUGCCUAUUUUUUGAUUAUCCUAUCUAUAGAUUUGCUGGAGAUUUUAUGAUCAAAAUGUGUACAUUAAAUUGAAUUCUUUAGCUGAUCAGUCCAUUUCUGUUGACCGUUUCAUUGAUGUAUGGAUUUAUCCUGUGUUUUUAAAAUAGAUUAUUUGACAUAUUGUGAACAUUACCUUACUUUUUACUAGACCUGCCAGCAUUUUCCACGAUUGAUUCCUUAUUAUUGCUAUUACCGAUAUUAUAUUCACUCUGUGCCCUCCUUAUUGCCUGUGUUUUGCUUUAAAGAGGCUGGUUGUAUGUUUGGAAGAAUCUAUUUACAUCCACAAUAUAAAAGAUAUGAAACUCCUCAAGACUUUGUUGGACACCCCGCGGAAUGCAUCAGGUAAGCUAUAUGGUAGGAAGCGGGAUUCAGACACUAACAGCGUUAUUUACUAAAGUAAGAUUUCAAACGAAAUUUAAAGUGGCUUUUAAGACGAGACGCUGAAGGAAAAGUAUAGCUAAAUUAGAGGAUUUUUUUCAGUGCGGCUAUUUUAACUUUGAAUUUGUGUUUCCUUCAUUCUGAGAUUUAUCUGCUAUAGUGGAGAUUGUGGAGAAUUAGCGAGGAAAAUUAAAUCUUAUGCAGAAAUGGAAAUUUUCUCCUACUUGUUUAGGUUUCUGUUAAUGAAGUUAAUGACUUGUUGAAAAUACUGUUCUCUUGUGUUUAAAGGCCAGGUCAAAAUACACUCUAGUUAUAUGUUCAGGAACACACAGGUUAAAUGUAUUUUUUUUUUUUCCCCAGAAUUUUAUAGAAUAGUUUUAUACUUCAUAAACGGAGGCCUAGCAUGGUAUAUAUUACAGUGCACUGUUUAUAAGAAAUAAAUCUAAUUGCAUCGAGCAACUUGGUCUGUACCCUGAGCUCUCCAAAUUAAGGAUCCAAAGUUACUCCCUGUAAAGACUGCAUUGUGAGCUAUGCUCCGUACUUAAGAAUGAACUCUUCUUGUUUAAUUCUGUAAGAGUUACUAAAAACAUAUUGCCAUCUAAACUCCAGGUAAUUAAUGAUAAGCUAAAUGUACUUUCUUGAUUAAGUAUUGAUUAAAUACUUUGUUUUUGUUAUAAAUGUAGAUGGUAUUGUUAUAGCUAGAUUUACACCAAAGAGUUAAUGUAACUUUCUAUUCCAUUCUAGGUCUCUGCGCUCUCUCUAUAAACCAUUCCAACUCCUAUCUUGCAUUGCCUGGCAGCUCCUCCGUAGGGGAGGUGAUGUUGUAUGAUGCAAAUAGUUUGGUGAGUGCCAUGAUUGCAGCCAUAUUUUAUCACUACUUGUUAUGCCCGGAAUUGAUUGUUUUCCUAGUGUAAUACAGAGUAUUUUGUCAGAUGCUACAUAGAGCAGGUUGUUGUCUUUACAUCAUUACUAUGUUUUGUAAGAAAUCACAUGACCCCCCCCCUGCCCCCCUCACCCACCACCCCCUUACCUCUCCCCCACCUCCAAUUGCCACCAAUGUUAUCACCGUACUGCCUGGAGUCUGCUUACAAAUUUAACAAUUCUCUGUGUGUGAGAGCAGGACAUUACAUUGAUGUAUCUCCUUAUAAAUUCAGAUUUGAUUAACUCAAACCCUGCCUGCUGCCAUCAAACUACUGCACUCCACACCCCAGCCAGUCACCAGUAAUGAGAGGGAACAUAGACUGAAUACUCCCAGUAAAAACGUGCAUGUCCUCUUUAUUUUGGAGAUAUACCGAGUACUAGUAAAUUUGGUGAAAUGUAUGGGUAGUGAUAGGCGAGUCAGAUGUACUAAUUCUAAUAAAUGUCACUUUUUAAAAUUCUGAAAUAAAAAAUAAAUCCUCCAGUUCUGUCCCAUGUGACAUGUUAGACAUCUCUUACCGGGGUCUAAACUCUACAUUUGGUAUGGCCAGAAGGCUCCCAAAGCAAUCAUGGGUUUUGUAGUUUAGUAAUCGCUUGGGGGGCCGGGAAGGGUCUCGUUCUUUAUGCCAUUUGUCAUUAUAAAUAACUCCUUAAUGACACAAUAUGUUCCCUAUAAAUCCUAUACCAUCAUAUUGUGUCCUGCUUAGUUAUUUCCUACAGCUCUACAGACAGCAUAGAUCUUAACUGGACUUUAACGGGUUACGGAUCUAGCAUUACCAUUCACCCUCUGAAUUACAGUAAUGCUGACCUGUGUCCCACUGUCUAUCUAUGACUAAAGGUGCAUCUGCUCCCAGAGCGUUAUAUUAGCCCCUGUAGUAAACUAUCCCUGGUUUGUCUUUUAUUUAAAUUUUUUUAAUGGUUUUUAAAAAUAUGGGAGUGUCUUUCUUUAACCAAAAAAAAAGGUCCAUCUGUGGAACGGUUUCAGAUGUUCGUGAAUACAUGGAAUUCUUGGAUCAAUACCAGGCUAAACCAUACAGCUUUUGGUCCGCAUUGUAAAUCUGAAUUUGGAUGUGUGACCUGUCAGGAAAUGUAAUGGUAAAUUGUCUACACUACAAAGCUAUAGAGCACUUUAAAUAAAGAAGGAAAGAUUGUGUUUUGUUCAUCCACAUUUGUACAUUGGUUGCAAAUCUUCCCCUCAUCUGUUUGUAUAAAAUGUCCCGGCUUUCUUUCAUACAGAAAACAGAAUGCACUAUACCCGCCCACGAUAGUCCACUUGCUGCUAUUGCCUUUAACUCUACGGGAACAAAACUCGCCAGCGCUUCGGAAAAAGUAAGUCAAUAUCAAGUCGCAUUUAUCUUGAAAAUGAGACAGUGAGAAAACCAUAACUUCUACCAGUGUUGGGUGCAUUGUAACUAGCACUAUCUGUGUCUGCAAAAUAUUUUCCUGUAAUGUGAAACUUACCCUGACUCUAGCGCCUGGUAAGGUUCUUUCUACGCCCCGUUCACGCUAUAUCACUCCGUCCCUCUCUAAAGCAUUUGAUUGGCUCCUUCUGACCAGCUCAGAGGGCUAGAAGGCCUGAAACAAGGGAGUGGAGAUACAGGCUCCCGGCACUACCUGCAAGGGUAGAAGCCCAUUACAUCUGUCGCCAGCGUGAGCCGAUUUAACAUUAGGCAGCCGUUAUCAGAAUUCCCGGCUGCCUAAUUUACAUGCGCAGAGAGUAACUCGCCCACAGCACAUAAGUACAGAUUACCCUGCAUGUGCGAUGUUUCAAGAGAAAGCUGUACAGACUCCUACAACCAUGACCACUUCUAAAAGCAGAAGUGGUCAUGGUUGUUGGAGUAACCCAUUUAAUGACUGAAUUCAUGCAAUCCGAACCUUACUGCAUUGUGAAACAAGAACAAGACGAUUAAACCAGGCGCACUUUUCAUCCUACUAUUAAAGGUGACAUUUUAACAACCCGCUCUUUCUCCUUUCUUCCAGGGUACUGUAAUUCGAGUGUUUUCCAUUCCAGAGGGGCAGAGAUUGUAUGAAUUUAGAAGAGGAAUGAAGAGGUGAGCCAUGUGAUCAUAUUCCUGAGAUUGAUGAAUGCUAAUUAUGCUAAUAAUGAUAAUUUACAUAUUGGGUAUCUAUAAAUUCCUCAUGUGAUUACAAUAAAAAAAAUAAAAAAUAAAAAUAUUUUUUGGUCAGCACCUAGUGUUAAAUCUGUUUGUGUGAAUGGAUUAAUUCAAACGUCAGAGUUUGGACAUUUGCAAAUACCAUAAUCCCCGACGUUCCUUGUGUGAGUUCUGGUGUAAGCAGUCCCCUGCCCUUGUCUUUCUGCAUACCGUUAAUCCUAGUUGUAUCAAUUUGCUAUAGAUUCCCACAUCUGGCAUUGUCACAGAAUGAAGCACAGUCCUAAGUACACUCUUGCACAGACUGCAGAAUAGUUUUCUAUUUUUGAAGCGCAUUGUCAGAUACAUUGUGAAGCCAAUACAUUUAAUGGGUUACAUGAGGUGAUGCAGUGACAUUAAUGGUGGUUAGUGGUUAAUGCAUGUUAUAAGAAAUAAACAAGCUUAUCAUAUAAGUCUACAUGGCAUCCAAACAAGAGUUAGUCAAAACAAGGUAGCGUAGACAUAAGCUAGCAUCACUUAUUAUAAGUAUAUCAGACUAAGGUAACUAGUAAUAAGUGAAUAAAGUGGAUUAUGCAAGCUUAAUAUACAAGCGAAGUAUGCCACCCUGGGUGGCUGUAGUGGCAGGUGCUAGUAUUAAAGUAUUGGGGACAAAUAAUGCAGCAUUCAUAUGAUGUGGUAGCUCCUUCGGUAUCACCUACUCUCCUCUCCCUGUGGUACCCUUCUUGACACUCCAGCUGCUGGCCCUAAAUGCACCCCUCUCUGAUGCAGGCCUGCACUUCCCACCUCUCGUGCUCCGCUGACCCAGUCUUCUCCGCCAUUUUCGCACUCUUUGUGCCACUCCAAGUUUGAGACUGUCGGGGAGCAGGUUUAGAUGGGUGAUCCUGCGAGGGUUGUUGGGCAGGUACAGAUUGUCGUAGGGACAGCGUCCCCCAGAAGUCGGCAAGGAGUUUGUCUAGGAAAGAGACAUCGUUCUGGACAUCACACCUCCAUAGUCAGGCUUGGGGCCUGCGGCAUCCGCCAUGUUGGAUAUGCCAUGUGGUGUUUCCUCGCUGUUUGAGGCAGGAUCGCACAGCCCUAGUAAUGUGAGUGAGCCUCCAGGGUGGGGACCGGGAUCUCCCCCACCGGUCCAAAGGGGAGGGGGGUGGGGGGGUAGCAGGGCUCCAUCAAGAUUUGGACAAAGAUCCGCCUGAGCUUGGCUGGGAGAGCGGCCACCUCUCCCCUCCACAGUGCUUCUUAGGCCUCACUCCAGCCCGUUGAGGGCUUAGACUGGACGGCUGCUAAUGACCGUACAAAGCCGGUCCCUUAACACCAGGCAUUCAUGCUUCGCAGCCUGACACAGAAAGAGUGCCGGGAACACAGGUAAGUAGCUUAGAAUCGAUGAUUUGCCCGGAGCUCUCUGAAAAGACGUCUGGCUGCCAUCACAGUCGGGCCCCGCCCCCCCAGAAUAGUUUUCUAUGAGCCCAUUUACAGCAGCUGAGAUGAGCUUCAUGUAUUACAAACAUAAAUGAAAUUAUCCUGUAUACUGUGGUUUCUUGCCACGUUGUUUCAUUCAUGUCUUUUCAUGACUGAUAUUAAUCUCUUGCAAAUUCCAGGUAUGUGAAUAUCAGCUCCCUCGUGUUCAGCAUGGAUUCUCAGUUCCUGUGCGCAUCCAGUAACACAGAAACUGUCCACGUCUUUAAACUGGAACAGUUGUUUGAAAGGUGGGUAACUUGUAAUAGUCUCAGCUAAGUGACUGAUCUGUAAAUCUGAUCUGUAUGAAAGUCUGUCACUGAAAAAAGUUGGUUUCACUAUUCUUCUUAAACAGCUGCUAUGAUUAGUGCUGUGAUGUGUCCUGACAAACCCAGCACAUGGUGAACGGUUUCAGCCGCAAGCUGUGUGUAAAUAUCAGUGUCCGUACAGGAUUUUGCAUCAUAUCCUCUUUGCGCAGUAAACAGCUUGCAGAUCCUGGCUGUGAGAAGAGAUGCUUCUUAUAGUGGUCUCUAUAAACAGGCUAGAGAAAAAUUAGAUUAACGUUUAUUUGACCCAUUCACUUAAUGAGUAAUAAUUACGCAACAUGGUGUAGAAAAGGAAAUCUGUACAUAAGCGUCUUGCACACAUCAGUCUCCCAUCCUCUGCACAUUUCGAAGGGAACCCUCUGUUCUAUAGCUUCCUGCAAAAAUCCAUGCCUCCUGUCUGCCAACAGCAGCCGCCAAUCACAACAUUAGCUGUCUGGCUCGUCUGCCAUGUUGGGUCUCUUUCCUGCCAACUGUAAAUCUUUUAAAAUAUUUUUCUUUUUUGUCAGGGCUGGAUUAAGACUUUAACUAACAGUUUUCUAUUCGCUCAGUUCUCUCUGAUCCUACCUCUAUUGCUAAAUUCAUUUGUGAGAUGAAUUGGUUCCAAUUAUUUAGGACUCCCAGUAAAAAAAGCAAGUGCCCCCUUGACAAAAACUACCCAAACCGUCUUUCUACUCUGUAUAUAAAGCUCUGUUGUGUACAGGGCAGUAAACCAUUUGUUCUUGGGUGACCAAGACUUUCUCUAUACCAGAGAUUUGAGUUAAUUUUAAGAAGCUGCUCCCAGAAUACUAAGUUCCAUUUAAUGGCACCCCAAACUCUGCUUCUGUACUGCUAAGCAUGCAGGACUCUUUACAUGCAGGCUAAGUAAGGGAUGUGCAAGAAAAUGCUUCAUUUUAGAAUUAGGUUAGUUUGUAAACAAAGUAUGAUAGUGUGUAUCGCCGCUAAGUCUGUUCUCCACUGAAAUCCACAAUUAAUAUUCCAUGCAGUCCAAUCCCUUGAGUACCUUAAUGAAUGCAGUAACAGAGUUAGAAAAUGUCCACCAAGAUCUACAUGGGGCUUAUGCUGCAUGUUUCUGCACCAGGAAUGCUUGAUGCAAUGUUACAAUGUUUCUUCUGUAACUACUGCUAUCAGGAAUUGUGACUCCAUCAUAGGGACCAGCGUUGGAUCUGUCAUACUGUGUGAUGCAGUUGAUAUGGCGCGUGACAUCAGUAAUAUAGGAUUUCAACACAAACGGUCUGAAUAAUUGGUUAUGUAAAAAUCAAUCUCUCUCUCUGUAUGGUUCUGUAUGUUUAGUCACAUAAAAGGUGAUUCUGUGAGAUUUAACAACCGUAGCAGGCAAGCUGUAUUUGUCAGAUUCAUUUCUUAGUGGGAUUAACAAAAUUAAUUAAAUUUCUAAAGGUUUUGUAAACUCACAUAUUAAUGUGCAGUUGGAUACGAUUAUGUGAGUAACAGGUCACAGCUGUGGAGAUUUUGCAAUGGCCCAAAGUGUGCAAUAUUUUCAUAUUUCAAAAUGACUGUGUGCAGUGAUUGUGUGUAAUUUAUAACCGUGUAUAGUGACUGCACAGUAAUUACACUUUAUAUGUAUGAUUAAUGUACAUGUACAUAACCUGACUAAAGAGGCACUAUAACCACUACAGAUCAUUAAUGACUUUAUUGAAAAGUUAUCUAGGGAAGCCUUUUCUUGCCUCCCUAAUGCAUGUUACCUGCUGUUAUCUCCCAAACAACAUAGGCAAAGACAUUUUUUUCGAUUAUUUUUGUAUCCAGAUAACUGGCCUUCGUCGGAUCCAAACUUUGAAAGCGUAUCUGUUUAUUUUACCUGCAGGUGGCGCUAAUAAAUCACACAAUGGUCGUGUCCGUUUUCAGAUUGAAUUAAUUUCUCUACUGAACACUAAUUUCCUAGUGUCAAUAUCAUUUCCCAGCAAAUAAUUUAAUAUCUCCUCCUUGAAAAUGGAAAAAAAAAAAAUUACAAAAUACAAAAAAAAAAAAAAAACAGGGCUCAGCCAUCAGCCUUUGCAUUGAAACCUUCUGAACACUUAGUGAGCAAGAUGCAGCUGUAAUAUCACCCGGCAAGAGCAAUCCCUCAUUUAUCUGUCUAUUACAAGCUCUUCUUAUCCCGGAUGUAUUGGGCUGUGUGUAAUUUUCCUGGAACUUUGCAGGAAGGGAGAGAUAAAGGAAUGCAAGAACUACUCACUUUAUUAAGAUAAUUAAAUUACAGGCCCCAAUGUGGGUGGUAAUAGGGAAUGUGAGCAUAUUAACUUUAAUCACUAAACUGAGAGUCUUGUGCCAUUCACCAGGCAUUGCAAAGUUUAGCUAGAAUCUUCAGUUCGUUUGGCCUAAAAGUUGCAUUUUUACAGCCAAUUAGUUUAGGAAAAAACUGGAUGGAGUAGUACAUAAGAUCCCCCCUCAAAUUGAUUAUUGUAUUGGAUGUAAAAUAUAGAAUAUAAAAAGCCGUGUGGAUGGCCAUACAUAGCUGUCAAAUUCUCUCAUUGAUUUGUCCUUCUGGUUUCCCAGGUCAGAAGAUAACUCCUCAUGGUCAGGGUAUGUUGGAAAGAUGUUCAUGGCUGCUUCAAACUACCUCCCAACCCAAGUAUCCGACAUGAUGAACCAGGACCGGGCCUUUGCCACCGUACGCCUGAACUUCUCCGGCCAGAGGAACACUUGCACAUUAGUCACGUAUGUAUUGGGCAGACCAUUAACCGUAAUGUAAAGCCCGGUGAGUAGGAUUAAUGACCGGCUUUUCCAUAUUGCAGAAUACAGAAGCUGCCGAGACUUCUCGUGGCCUCGUCCAGUGGCCACCUCUACAUCUAUAACUUGGAUCCGCAGGACGGGGGCGAAUGUGUUUUAAUCAAGAAACACAGGUUUGUAUGUUUUGUGCUCAAGAAGGUAAAAAUUUUUUUUAAAAAAUAAGAUUUUAAAUUACUUAUUGCUGCUCGGGUUGGCUAGUUUGUUUUCUUAGUGGACACACAGUAUGGGUAAAGUACUGUGUUGGGGCAGUGUAAUAGAUACUGUAUUAUUUGGUAUGUUUUAAAAAAAAAAAUAAUAAUUUUUAAAUCCCGAAACCUGUCUUACCAAUGCAAACCACUAGAGGCAGUAUUAAAGCAUGUAAAGGUUCAUUAAAGCAACGCUGCACUGUAGUAAAUAUUCAUUUUAAUGUGCCGUUUUGAGAAAUAAGAGAAGUGCUUGAAAUGUUAUCUUUCCUUCCAGCCUACUUGACUCUGGGAAAUCAGAGAGUGACCGAGAAGGCGAAACUCUAAGUUCUGCACCUGUUUCUUACGCUGCCACACUCGCAAGGCCAAGCACGGCCCCUUCCCCGUCUACCGUGACCGGUGAGCCAACAAAAACCAUUAGAACCCUGUUGACACAUUCACCAGAACUCUGGGCGUUUAUGUGGGUUCUGCUACAGCAGAAAUUGGACACCAGGAAUGCGGUUUGUAGUGUGAAUUACCUAGAUCACAAUGCCCAGGGGUGAUCAGCUAUUACAUUCACUGUGCAAUACAUAAUCUUGUAUAAAUGGACGUGAAACAUUUUCAAGAGAUCGGAGAGUACUGCUUGCCAUGCACUGUCCUCCAAUGGCCACCUUGUAUAGUCAGUAUAUAGCACAGGGACUGUGUGCCAUUAACCACAUAUUGAUAAUAUGCAGACAGUAAUAUAAUUAAACAAAAUGAAGAUACCUCUACCUAUGUUCUGUGUACCUGUUCCUAUAUCUUUAACAAGAUGUGUAGUUUAGGUGUCAGUAACCGUUCCACAAUUAGGGACAACGUGACUAGGUAACUCCUUGCACCAUAACCUAUGCUCGGAAUAAAAGCUGUCAAACAGAGGAAAUUAACUUGCCAAUAUACUGGAUGCGCAAAGACCCUUAAAAUAGAUCAAACCUCUCCCUGGGCGAAUAAAUCCAAACUCUGUUUGCAUCCUCACUGUUCCCUUUUUUAUGAAUGGGUGUUUAUUCACUAAACUGUGAAUUGCGGAGAAUUAGUAGGAUAUGCAAAGUUUAGACCAAAGUAGCCAGGCAAGAAAUGUCCGAUUCGGCUGUUUUGUACUGCAUUGCUCCGUUUCUGUCCGUUCUGCACAAUUCCCAGAUUAAUAAACCAUUUUCUGUAGAAUUUUACGCUGCACAAUCAGGAUUUGCUAGUCCCCUUACAGAACCCAUGGCAUUGUUUACCUAGUGUGCUAUAGGAAUAACGUCUUUCCUUCUAACGUUUUCAGGUUACUCUGAGGAUGGAGGGGCCAUGCGAGGAGAACUUCUGCCUGAGCACGAAUUUGCAGUAGGACCCGUGCGUCUGGAUGACGAGAAAGAAUUCCCUCCUGUGAGCAUUCAGAGCCCUUAAACAGUAGCAGAGCCCUGACAACUAAACAGGAAUGGGUUAGACACUCUCCAAAGGAAAACAGUGCCAUUUAACCCUUUAAAAACAGAUUCCACUGGCAAGCAAACUAAGGUUUGGCGUUGGAACGACUUUCCAAACAACUUUGUCACGAAGAACUCAAUGCAGUUACUAGUUUCACUGUAGUUUGAGGCGUGAUUUCUGGGACUUUAGGGACUGUUUUUAAGACUAUUUUUUACUAAUUCAUACGUGUUUUAAAUACUAACUUCCAGAAAUGUUUAUCAUGUAGAGAAAGUGUCUAUAUUACCCUUUUACUGCUGGAAGAGUGCAGUUCACCCCCUGCUGGUAGCAUUGAGUGUUUGCACCCCAGCAAGAUUUGAUUGAGUUUAACAUUGUUUAGGGAUGCGUGCCUUAUGAUAUAAGAUUAAUGGUGAAUUUGGAAACUGUAACGGCAUUUUUAGCAUAGUGUAGUUGUUGCACUCUGCUGUUUAGUGCCAGCUGGUUUCCAGUUCAGAUAUACUUUAUUUUACUGCUUACCAGUAUGUUAAUAAGAAUAGAUUUGGGGUUAGAAAAAACAUCUUUCUAUCAUGACCGGACUGAUCCCAUUGUUCCUUUAACCCCUUAAGGACACAUGCCAUGUCAUGAUUUCCUUUUAUUCCAGAAGUUUGGUCCUUAAGGGGUUAAAGAUACUAAACAUCCUGGGGCCUGUGAUGAGCUCCAUAUUCUGGAGAAUAACAAACACGUCCCAGUAAAUAUUCUCGGCUGUUACUAUAGGCUCAAAUAGAGUUUUAAGAUAGUACUACUCGUGAUCCUUGUCUUGACAAUAGACAAUUGGAAAAUCUUCUUGAUGCUAGUGAUUAAUUAUAUUAAAUAUAUUUGCCUUUCCUUUAGGGUGGAGGAUGUAGGACCAAGUAACAUCAGCAUUUUCCUGCCCCGGGAUUAAAAUGUUCCUAUCCUAGGGGAGUAAAAGGUAUGGAUACUCUCCGACCUGGAGAAUUUACUCUCCUUGCAAGCAAAGGGCUAAUAAGAUAUCUGAGCUACCCAGCUCUAGGGAAAAAAGGAAUGGAUACUUCCAGCCCUUUGGGAAUAAAAGUUGGGUAACUCUGUUAUGAAGGGUACACUUUCCCCCACCAAAAAGGAAAGCGCUGAAUAUACCUAGACAUUCUAAGUUACUGCAGAAAAAUAUACCAUCCUGCUCCCGUGGCAAACCCUGAACGGGAACGUCUGAUACAAGAUGGAUAUUUUAUGUAUUUAAACAAGGCAGUGUUAGAAAAAUGUAUUUAGCAAUUAAAAUCCUACCUCUUAUGCAAACUCUGCAGCUAAUUUGCCCAGCACUUCCAUGUUCUGGUGGGAUAGUAUGUACUCAAAUGCUUCCCUUAGAGAAGCAUUGCGGACACAUCCUAUAUAACAAAAUAUUAGUAAAAAAGUCAUAAAUUAUUAACAAUUGUGUUAGAAUAGAUUUCAAAUGCACACAAGUCUCAGCCUAUCACAGAAAUAAGAACUCCCACUUUAAGCACUCUGUGUGCCUAAACAGGUGUGUUCAGGAAGUGUGGAGGGUGGCUGUACCAAAAUAGUUUUGUUGACUCCCGAAUGGCAGAGAAUUGAGCAGUGAGCCUGUAGGGGCAUGAUCUAUGAACCAAAACCACAUCACUAAUCAAAAAGUGAUUUUGGUGCCUAGACUAAUCCUUUAAUGUGAAAAUCCCUUGUGUGGCAAGUGAACCGUCUAGCCCCAGCAGACUAUAGAGAGGAGGUGGUUCAUGCUAUGGUAGGGUGAAAGAUAUAAAAUGAAGACACGGUGAUGGCUGAAGAACAGACCCAUUGCCAGCCAUCAUGCUCUGGCUCCCACCCUUUCUUUUAGCAACACUCCCUAUGAUACACUAGAUUAACGUUAUGUACGCUACAUAUUUAACAAGAAGGGGGGAUGCUUUAACAUAGUCUUUAUGAAAUACUAAUGUUCCACCCGAGGAUCUUUUAGGAUCAUAACGAUCGAGCAUCAUUAUCCAGCUGUAGAUAGUCUUCUUACGUGACCCUGUAACCAAGUUACUAAGGCGCUCUUCAGCGCUAGCAUAGGGUAAUCAAUUCAUUCCGUUUUGUAAUGUUUAACAAGGCAUUUUUACAAACUAUUCCAAAUGGUGCCAUAAACCCAGGAUAAACUCCCAUCUAUGAAUUUCAGAUAAGAUAGUUCACCAGAGGGGGGUCUUUAACUGGAACUUGUAAGUAUAGGAAAUCUUCACUUAUGGAGAUGUUUUCAUUUACUAUUCCAAAAUAACCAUAUCUCUGGCACAAACGGUAUUAGGUGUGUGUAAUGCCCAGUGUGGGCAGCUUUAUCUCAGUGUUAAUAAAUUAAACGCAAUGCAAGCCAUGACUAGACUGUGUAAGAGACACAAGACACAUCAGGGGCAGAGCGUUUCAUCCACUGCUGCCAACUGCAAGUGAUUUAUUGAAUUAGCCAAAGUGCACCAGAGUCCAAGGCUUGCUUUGAUGUCCUAUUAAAACAAACUAAGUUUUCUGGAUUAACCUCUCUCUGUUACAGGCUUGCUUGCAUGUUUUAUAGAUUUUUAAUGACAAAUGUUAAAUAAAAUAGGAACAGCUUUGGCUUCUCGUGUAGCUUGAGUACUGGAGAGUAGCUUUUAUGUUGCUUUUGUUUGAAGUUAUUUAUGUAUUUGAAAUGCUCCUCUGGUGCGAGAGACUUAUAAUGGAGUUUGACAGAUUCCUGCAUGCCAGGGGCAUGGCGCUCAAGGUUAACAGCCUAAAAUCUUCUCUCCUGGCAGUGUUCUGAUUUAUAAUGCAUUUGGUCUGAUAGUGAUAGCUGUCUGGUUGCCUAAAUCACUGGCAUAGUGGAUCAUUCUCUUAUAUCCAAGCAAGUCACUUUAAGGAAUGUGACCACAAAAGUAUUAAAACUGCCUUUUAGUGGCAUAUUUCAUUCCAAAACAGGGUAGGUAUGGCAGUGGCAGUCACGCGCCCCUCUCACAAAACUAACUAGAAUGCUAUGGCUGUCAAUGCUGAUUUAAUAAAACGGUAGAAGUCGAACAACUUAGAGACUGCCAAGCCACAGAGAACCAGCCAUUUAACAAGAAGCAUUGUGAGCUUACUGUAGCCAAUAUGCUUAAUAAAAACUAUAAUUGUCUGUGGCUCAUUGUACAUUUUAAAUUGUUUUCAUGUACACAAAAACAAAACCAGUCUAACUGGAUCUUGUGAUUUGAUAAAGUCUUCUAGCGGAAGUAAGAUUCAUUUUCACCCAUGGACAUAAACAUUACAGAAUUUGAUUAAAAGGGGAAUUGUACACCCCAAAUAAGUAGGUAUUUUGCUGGAGCGAAUAUGUAGGAGUGAGGAUAGCAGUCUUCACUUUAUAGACCUCACAAUGUGGGUUUGUUUUGUGGAAAAGUGACAUGUAGAUUCAGACAUCACUUUUGUGUCACCCCACCCCCAAUGGUUUCUAGAGUAACAGUCUACCUAGAGCAGAUAUUCCAACUGUCCAGAUUUGAGUGCGGGAACAGUCCUGGACUCUUGGUGUACCUAGAGUACUGGCUUGGGUACCACUGACCAGCUGAUUUUGGAAUCACAUCAGAAGGUAAUGGAUCACAGCCUGAACUGGUAGAAAACUUCACUUGUGCAAGGGAUGGCAUCCAAUAAAAAAAAAGGAAGGAAAGAGCCAGAUUCACAGUUUAAAUUGGUUUCUUGAUUUCUGCUUAAAGAUAAGUACUGGUUUAACUUUCACCAUCACUACUCUAGAUCCAUUAUUUUCACAAGCUGUUACAUGUUCUAGCAGAGAUGCGAGAAUAUAAGUUCCUUUUCCCCGAACCCUUGGAGAAGCUGUCACUCCAGACUUGGUGGAACUAUCUAGCGAAUUAACGAAUGACACCUAUUAGCCAAUAAUCAGAAUGCAUUGUGUAAAAAUAAGGGCUUCACAUUACUAAACUGUAUGGGUCUUUCUGUUAACGUCUUGGCCUGUUUCAAGAUACUUAAUGCUUUUCUUCAUGCUAAUCAAAUGCUUGGAUCCAUUUAUAACACACCCUGUAAACUAUUUGCGUCAGGGGGAAUAAGGAGGUUCUGUUUUGAUUUUGGUAGAUAAGUUUGUGCCGCGGAAGUCAGAAGGUCAGAAACGAAGAGCCGUGACAAGACGCCGAACGUUUGAUGGCAGAUUGAGGACCCAUAUGGAAGAUUGGAAUGUGUGAGCUACAGCUCCAUACAUAUCACACGAAUGGUCAGGAAUGCAUUGUGAACUAGAUCGUUUACAUAGCCAACAUGGCACAAUCUAAUUAUUCUGUAAGCAUAGGUUAUAUUAUUAUGACAAACAACAGUACAGACUUGUUAAGUCAGUUUUAUUUAUCCUUUUUAUAUAAAUGGAUUUCCUUUAAAUUAUGCAAUUUUAUUUGUACAAAUGUACAUUUAGGAAAGCCUAAUAAUAUCUAUGUAUGUAUCUGUUUAUAUUAUAAAUACUAAAUGUUUUAUUCAUGAUGAAUGCGCAAAGAAAAGAGAAAAAAAAAGUUGAAUAUAGCCCACAUUAAGCACAGAGACGGUUUAUGUUGGGAAAUAAAAUAUUAAGCACCUCAACUGACUUUUCCCCCACAUUUGUUUGACACAUGAGCUCCAAGUUUUAUUGAAAUGAUUAAACAAUUACGGUUUUAUAAAACAUUCAUACUGGAUAUUAUCAGAGUAACCUACUCAUACCUUGAUCUUUACUUUCCCAUUGAUUAGUGUACAUUAAUUAUACUUUAAUCAGAUCUUUACUGCAUGAAUACUAAAGUACAAUGUUUACUGAGCAAUUUACAUUCGCGAGUUGCUGGUUAUGAAGAGGUGAUAUUUAACACUGUCAAGGUAAGUGGUGUGAAAAAACAAAAAUCUAUUUUAAUUCCAGAUUGAAAUGCAUUUAGUUUAAACAUGUAUUUUGUUUCCAUUUUAUACAUAUAUACACACAUACAGAUUACCGCAAGCAUCGGUAACAAAAUAUAGUUGUAAAAAAAAAAAAACGAGGAAAGGGAACAUACGAUUACAAUGACAUGUCUCUUGGUAUUUCACAAUUCUAUCUGACACCAUGAGAAUAUUAACAAUAACAUUACAUUCCACGGUAAGGGAGUUAGGCUGACCGUCUUCGAAUCCAUGGCUGCCAAAUUUGUUUCUAGACUUGCCCUUUGAGUUACGGAUUCCACUCCCAUUUUGUCAUAUGCGAAAUUUAAAUUUACUUCCUCAAUUAAACUAUACACUUUUCCUUUCCCAUACAUAAACGAGGAGCUCUUGAUCCCCAAUAAAUAAGAAUAAUCCAUGAGAAUGUAACCCUUGACCGUAUAAAUUCUCAAUAUCUGGGACAAUAAUAUUCCCAGACUCAGGACUGAACUGCUUAAUGAUGGUAGGAAUUAUAUAAAGCACCAUAUCCCGGCGGAAAAUAAGCUUGUUCUGCGAAAGCAAUGUCCAUGCAAAGUAAGCUUGGAAAGUUGGCCCAAUCAGGCUGUUUAUUUUCCACUAAAUUCCAGCUCGGUUAAGAGAGCAUUUAGUUCCAGCUCGUUGCAGCGACAUACCGUGUGCUCUGGGUUACAGCACAGAACAGCUGAGCCGCUCUGUGAAUAGUCAGCCGUGGACACAUUGUCUGUCUGAAGAUCAGCAUGGAGAUUAGCAAAUGCUUCCAUCAGCUCAGGCAACACCUCCUGAUACUCCUCACUGCUGCUGUCCAGCGGUUCCCCUUCUCCGGGGUCCUGGUGGACGUUAAACACAAGUGGGGGAUCAUGGUGCCUCUCUGGCCCAAUACUCCCAUUACACGCUAGUGCUCCACCUAGAUGCAGAGAGACAGACUACGAUCAGAUAAUUAAUAUGGAACUCAUCUUACAGGGUAACAGUCAUACAGGCUGGAAAAAGGAC